AUGCAACAGGCGCAAAGGGAGAGCUUCGGGGAAGAGCUGCAACGAUUGAAGUCUUCCCAGCCGGUACAAAGGACGAGUCGGCUAUUCAAGCUGGACCCGGUGUUAGAAGAUGGCGUGCUGCGAGUCCGGGGACGCAUCGGAGCAGCCACAGUCCCGGAUGACGCCAAACGACCGGUCAUCUUGGACGGCCGACACCCCGUCACGAAGCUCAUCGUGCUGCAAGAACACUGUGCCGCAGGUCACGCAAAUAGGGAGCGCGUGACCAACGACCUGCGGCAAAAAUAUUGGAUAAUACACCUGAGGCCCACCGUGCGCACCGUGGAACGAGACUGCGCACUGUGUAAGGUGCGACGCACGAAGCCGCAGCCACCGGCCACGGGAGAUCUACCCCGUGCCCGCGGACCCGUAUCAUCGGCCCUUCUCCAACUGCGGAGUGGACUACUUCGGGCCGAUGAUAGUGAAGAUCGGACGCCGGCGAGAGAAGCGUUGGGGCGCGCUGUUCACCUGUCUAACGACACGCGCCAUACAUCUGGAGCUCGCCGCAUCCCUGUCAACGGAUUCGGCCAUCAUGGCGUUGCGCAGGAUGGCAGCAAGAAGAGGAUGGCCGAAAAUAAUGUAUUCCGACAACGCCACAAACUUCAGGGAGCGGAUGAAGAGCUACGAGCGGCCUACAAGGAGUGGCAACCCGAGCUACGCAACGUCGGGCUGCUGCAUCGGAUGGAGUGGCGCUUCAUCCCUCCGGGCGCACCCAACCAGGGAGGUGCGUGGGAACGGUUGGUGCGAUCAGUCAAAACCGCACUAACCGUCACCCUAAAGGAAAAGGCGCCGUCCGAAGAAACCCUACGGACGUUGUUGGCUGAAGCCGAACAUUCAGUCAACUCAAGACCACUGACCCACGUGAGCGUCGACCCGAGGGACCCGGAGGCGCUCACGCCCAAUCACUUUUACGUCGAUCGACGGGCAUGGCGAGCGGCGCAAGCGUUGGCGGACAACUUCUGGCGCCGGUGGAUAGCGGAGUACCUACCGACCCUGGUACCCCGCGGCGAGUCAACAAGAAGAGUUCGUCCGCUGCGCGUGAACGACGUGGUCGCCAUCGCCGACCAACAGCUGCCGAGGAACGUGUGGCCGCUGGGGAUCGUCCAGCGCACGUUCGAGGGACCCGACGGAGCCAUACGAGUCGCUGAAAUCAAGACAAAGAGCGGCGUAUUUCGACGCCCGGUGACGAAGAUCGUCGUGCUGCACCCGGAGGAGGAGGCUGCGCGAGCUACGCCGGGGAGGAUGUUAGCGACACGACGACUUCGCGGCCGCCGUGACACUGAGGCCCGUCGACGACGCUGCCUAAGGAGCGACGUUACGGGACGGCGGACGCAGCGGGACUGA